UUGCACCGCCAUGGGCCCCAAGCAGCCUAAGUCCGGCCAGAACACGCCGGUGUCCGUGCUGCCGACCUGGGAGCCCGCGCUGGUGUCCGCCCGCCUCGAGGAGGAUGACUGGAAGCCUAGCAUCAGUUUCGUUGUCGGGAGCAAGAUUGAAGAUGAAGUGCACAUCCAGGCCCUGGCUCUUGCUGUGCAGGUGCCACUGCGAAAACUCUUCAGUGUGAUAACAUGUGAAGACCUUUACAAACAGGUUGCAGAAUCUGGGCGUCCAAAGGGAAGAAGGCUUAAGGAUAUGCCUAUGUACUAUGAGGUGAUGGAAUUAGCCAAAGCCUUUCUGGACCAGGGUGAAAAAUUUCCUGCAACACUAACUGGAAAGCUGUUGAAAUUUCAAUUGCUUUGUCUCAAACAGAAGGCUCUUCAGAGAAGAGAAGAGGAAAAGAAGGCAGAACUGCUGAAAAAAGAAAAGGAGAAAGCAAGAGAAAAAGAAAAAGAAAAAGAAAAAGAAAAAGAAAAAGAAAAAGAAAAAGAAAAAGAAAAAGAAAAAGAAAAAGAUAAGAAAUCUCCUGAUAAGACAGGUGGAAAAGAUAGUAAAGGAAAAAAGUCAGAGUCAUCAUCCCCUGUUAAAAAGGACACCAAAUUCAAACAACGGGGAGAAGUGGAAGUGAAAGACAAAUACAUUGAUGAUGAACCAGAUGAUGGUGCUGAUUAUUAUGUUAUCAUUCUGGGUUUCCCCAAUCUUCAGUUGUUACCUGUCUUGACUGAGCUUGGGAUUAACAUUUCAAGUGUAAUUCAAAUUUCUUCUGAAAAUUACAAGCCAUUGCAGAUAUACUUAGAAGCAACUAAACUUCAAAAACAAUCUUCACUUUCACUUGAAGAUAUAGAAGCAGAGAAAAGAAGGGAAGAUGAAGCUAAGAAAGACCUGGAAACAUUUUGGAAAUUCCUGGAGCCCGUUCUGAGCAGUGGAAAGCAUGGAUCAAGUCUCUUUGAUGUUGCCAGGCUUCAUUGCCUAGUUAAGGAAAGUGACUUUCCCCCUGAUUGGACAGACAGAGAAAUGCUGCUUGAAUUGGGUACUGUGGUGUUUGAACACGUUGCUUGUUUGAUGUAUGACUGCCUGGACUGGAGAAGACAGCAUUGCAACUACUUGGAAAACACCAAGUUUAUUAACGUGGCUGUGUUACCAGAGAGCAAGUCAACACAACCAUCUUCACUUGAGGAGCAACCAGCACCACAGAUGUCACCUACAAGGAAAAGAGGGAAACAAGAAGAAAUUCUGCCAACAAUAGUUCUGUCAGAGACAGAAGAAACUUCCGUUCUGUUUCCUUCUGUGGACAUGAGAUAUUAUAAUGACUUGCUGUAUCAAAUUCCUGAGGAGUACUUUUCUGUACCCUUAAUGCUGAGCUGCAUGUUGGAACAGGUUAUUGCAAGUGAGGAAGACCUUCCACCACCAAGUCUUGUGUCACUAGAGCCUCAGGAAGAUGAGCUGCAUCGUGCCAUUGCAGAUCAUAUAAUCUCUGUCCUUCCUUCUCUUUACCUUCCUAUGAGUGAAAAAAAGAAUCUGUAUGACUACUUUUCUCCUAAACCCCAUGUACAAGAGAGGGUCACCCCCGAGUACCCUCUCUUAUUUAACUACCACGAUGUCCUGGCUCAGCGGUUGCACCUCCUGAAGGUCCAAGAGAAUGUCGAUCCAGAAAAGAUUGAGCAUGAAAUGAUGGAUAAAUUGCCUCUUACAGAACUUAUCCAUUUCACCCCUCCUUCAACUGAAAACAACACUAAACGCUUGGCCAGAGUUCAUGAGCUCAUGUAUUAUUUUACUACUGAACUUCUGAAUUGGGCUGAGGUAGAAAGAGCCUUCAGAGUGUUUACUUUUGAAAGCCUGAAGCUGACUGAGCUAAGUGACUCUGGUUUCCUGGAGAGCUCUGGAUCUAGGCUUGGAGGUGAUUCUGAAGAGUCUUAUAUCCCUUGGGAUAAUCCAGCCGUGUUUGCAAGACAGCUGAGACAACUCUUCCUUAUGGAAAAGAAAUUUAGUGGGAAAUCUCCAAGAAGCUCUGGGUAUACAGAAACAAGUGACGAAGAUGAAGAAGAUGAUCCGGUUUAUCCUCUUUUGAACGUAGAUUUGGAUCAUCUUUAUUCUGAUAUGGUGAGUCUCGAAAAUUAUGGCCUAGGACCAAAAUUAGAAGAAAUAAAAAAGACACAGAGGCGUUGCUUGACAGACUGGAGUUUGGAAGAGCAUUUUCAACCACAUGUUCUUCAUCAGGUUCUUCAUACAGCAUCCCAAGAAUACAGAUGUGUUGAUUCCUUUUAUCAUAGCCAAGAUAACUCUUUACUAAUGGUUUUUCACAAUCCCAUGAAUCAACAUCGUCAGAGCCAAGAGACUUGGAAUAUUGCUCUGCACUCUAAUGUGGGAUUCAGAAACUAUCUUGAGCUGGUGGCCAACUCAAUUGAAGACUGGGUGAAAGAGGAAGAAGCUAAAUACCAAAAAGAGAAGAUGGGCAGCACGACUGAACCUGAGAAUGUAAUAGAGUCUCAAUCCAAGAAAGAAGAAAGUCCCAUUAUCAGAGAAGAUUCUCUAAAGGCUUGGAAGAUUGAGCAGGACCGAUUACGAGAGGAAGAAGAAAAAGAAAAGGAAGAAGAACAAGAAAAGGAAGAAAAAUUGCAAAGUAAAAGGAAAAGCCAGGAUUUAAGAGGAAGUAAAGAAGGAAAUAAAAAAGGAAAUAAAGGAUCAAACAGAAGACCUUUGGAAGACAAGUAUCAAAAUGAGUCAGCAAAAGCCACUGAACUUGAGGAGGAUCAUAGCAUUCCAGAAACAUGUUCUGAGAAAGUUUAUAAGUUUCAGGGCUACAAUACAGGGGACGAUAUCAUUCAAGUAUCAGGAACCAAUCGGUAUCUUUUCCCAUCCGAUGGAGGACAGAUUCAAGUAGAGAAGAUAGAGUUUGUAAAAAAAACUUUGAUAAAGGUGAAAGUAAUGAAAGACAAGCACAAUUUCUUCAUUCAUGUAACAGACCCCAAGGAAAACUUCAAGGAAGCUGAAGAGCAAGAAAUUAAUGAAGAACAGCAAAUUACAUCAGAAGAAUUGAAAAAUAAAAAGAAAGCUGUGAGCAAGUUUGGAUCUUUUUCAGCCACCUUGGAAAAUGGAAUCCAGCUGUCUCUGAGCUAUUAUGGACCUACAGGGGAGGCAGAUGAUGAAGCAGCUCUUGUCUUAGAAAGAAUUCUGAACAUCCCUUCUGUUCAUCUUCCGACGGUAGUUCCAACAGUUUCUGUUGUUACACCAUCUCAGGGAAAAAAAGAUAAGCUUGACAGAGGAAAAUCAGGAAAAGCUUCUACCAAAGGAAGCCGUCGCAAACUAGCCCCUUCACCACCUGAUAACGCGGUACAGAAAGAAGAACAAAAGGUAGAAAUGCAAGAACCAGUUCCCCAAGCACAAGAGGUGUCAGAUGCUCCUGCUUUUCCGAGUUUGAAUGUCUCCUGUCCCAACGGACUUGUACUAACUUUCCUCAGUGAAAGGUUUCAAGGUGAAGCCGCUGCCACUGAAGCAAAGAAAGAGACAGUAGAGGAAAGUAACGGCAAAGCAGAUGAGGAAGAGAAGGAAAAGGUUAUGCCAAGUGGAGGGAAGGAAGAGGUUAUGCCAAGUGGAGAGGAGGAACAUCAGGUUACAGAAAGUGAAAUCAAGCAGGAAGACACCCAAAGUAAACAGGCUAAGCAGCCUGCUCUGGAAAUUAUGGUUAGACAGAGUUAUCCCCAAAAGGUAAAGGACUGUCAUCUUUAUUCACCUCCAGCGAGGCAAAAAGAACAAGAGGUGUCAAGAGUCAUCACUAGUCAAGGAACUGUCAUAAAGCACCUGAUGGAUGGAUCUACCCAGAUUCUGUUUGCUGAUGGCACGGUGAUUAAUAGCCCUGAUUCUGGUCCUGUCCUACCCCCACCUGCAGAUGAAAUACAGGUGAAAUCUCCCUUACCAGAAUCAGACCAUUUAUCUGAGAAUAGCACAAAGAAAGGAAAAGGCAGUGACAAGACAUCACUACCGUCUCAGAAGUCUGAUGAGUUUGAAAAGGCCAUUUCUACACAACCUAAGGCAGGAACCUGGAUAACAACAACUCCAUUAGGCAUUCUAGUGGGCACAGAGGGUGCCACAAGAAUGGAUCUGAAGCCUCUCUUAAUGUAUCAGGCCACGAACCCAGCUGAUGGAAUGAUUAUGACUGUACGAGAAGAUGAAGUGAUAAUUGUUGAAAAGCCAGAUGGUAACAAAGUAGUAGAACAUGCUGAUGGUACCAGGAUUACAUCUUUUUAUGAAAAAUGUGAAGACCUUUCUGUACCAGAGGGUAGUGUGGAAACAGAUGAACCCUCAGAAGCCAUCACAAAGAAGCGCAAAGGUACGCGAGUAGAGCAUCCUGAGUUUGCUACUGUUGUAGCAGAUUGGGAGGAUGGUACCUGUUGUACUGUCUUUGGAGAUGGGACAUCUAUUGUAGCAAAGCCACAGGGAACAUAUCAGGUUUUACCCAGCAAGGGAGGCUUUCUUUUCUUUGAUGAAGACUGCUCAGCAGUUUACAGCCAUGAAGCUUAUGAUUUCAGCAGCAAGGAAGAAGAGAAACAAGCAGGGAGAUACGUUAUGAAACACACUUCCAGCACUAUUUGUGAGAUGAUGGAUCCUGAAGGAAAUACUUUCAAGGUCCUGGCUGAUGGCAGCACAGAUGUGUGCAUUCCCAGCAGUGGUUCUGAUGAGAAGGAGGACAGGAGUUCAGCAGCAGAUAAUGUUAACAAACCUGUCACUGAUAACGAGCAUGUCCCCAGGUUUUUCAUCAUCUCUGAGGAUGGUUCUGGAACGGAGCUCCUGCGAACAAAGGAUGUACGCGAGUAUAUGGCUGAGGCCUGCAGUGAUCCUGCCACUGCAGUCUUGCAGGAUCCUGUACAAGAACAGCCAGGUGUUUUAAGUAUUACUGUCCUCCGGCCUAUGGCUGAAUCAUCCCCCUGGGUAAUGAAGAAAGAACCAGAGAGUAUUGUUCCUCCAUAUCUACAGCCAGAGACUCCGAAAGAAUCUUCUCCUCCUGAGAAGGAGAUCAAAGGUCCCCUAGUGAGAAGGUAUGCCUGGAGGGGUCUCAGCAUCGGAGAAGCUCGUGUGUCCUUGCCAGCCCCCGUGCGAAAAUGUCCCAAAAAACUGCAGAUCCGCCAGCUAUUCCAGUAUAAGCCACUCUGUGAUGAACUAAGAGAAAAACUGCAUCUUUCCCUCAAGGAAUAUAUAGAGAACAUCUUAAAGCAGGAAAAUGAGCUGGAAGAGAUUAAUGUGAAAGAACCAAGAACAGAAGAGGAAAAGGAGAAUGCUGCAAGUCUCCUUGAACAGUCCUUCCCUGACUGGAAAAAGUCAACUGAAAAGCUCAGUGAUAAAGCCCGUGUGAGCCAGCUGUAUGAGCAGGCAGUGGCUCCUCCUGCCCAGGAUCACACUCGGAAGGCAAGCACUGCACAGAGACAGGACCAGCAGGACAGUCCGGAUGGAGUAACAUCCAAGUGGAAAAGCAAACUGGAAGAGACCUGGAAAGAACUGGAUAAACAGAAAGCUUUAUUCGCAGCACUGAUAAAUGAUAUUUAUGCUCCGUAUUUUGAAUCUGAAUUUGGCAAAACCUUCUACCAACAAAAGUUUCCUGAUUUGGAAGCAAUGUCUAAGGAACUUCCUCCACUUCAAAAAGAAACAAGUGAGACCUGGCCUCUGAGGCUGAUAAGAGAACCCAGUGGAGCAGCUGAAUUUCUUGAUACAAGUGAAUCAUCCCUUUCAUCUGGCCUUCCCCUGCAGUAUCCAUCCAAAGAAGAUGAUGGUUCCAGCAGCACAAGAGACAAGACUGAGGGGGCAGAAGAGACAGCCUUUCAACAGAAAGUUCCAAGUCUGAUGGUGGAUGUUACAGGACAGACAAGAAAAGAGAGAGUAAUAUUACCAUCAUGCCUUCAGGGGAAAAAACCAACCACCAUACCAAAUAAAAAGAUAGAAGAUCCUGCUUCAGGAAAGGUCAGCACAUCUUCUCUUGCAACAAGACAGGAUCUUACCAAAUUCCAUCUCAUCCCACCCAGGGUGGUAUUUGGAGUGCUAAAGGAAGGCUGCAUUUAUGCAACCAUUGUAAUCAUGAAGAAUGUUGGUGUGAACUUCUCAAGGUUUCGGGUGAAGCAGCCUCCUCCAUACACAGGACUGAGAGUGAUGUACACACCAGGACCUGUGGCUGCAGGCUUGCAGGCUGAACUGGAGAUAGAGAUUUUUGCCAUGCUGAUUGGAGGGAAAGACACUGGUGGCCUUGAAGAAGUUUCCCAUAAUAUUGAAAUAGUAACAGAAACUGAAACUCUUCUCCUGCCUGUGAAAGCAAAUAUCCUUUCCAGUGACAUUUAUCAGCAUCGCCCCGAAGGAUUCCCCCAAGGAGGGAUGGCAGCAGGAGUCCAGGAAGUUCCUCCAAGCCCCAGGCCACGGUUUCGGAUUACACUCCCACGAAAGCUUUAUAGUUAGUGUAAGCAUUGGAUGCAGUGACACCAGCUGUAAAUUAAAGUACACUUGUUUUACCUAUUCUGCACUUAAGCAGCAGCAUCCUGAACAAAGCUCAUGCAAAUGAUGCACACUGACUUGGUUACUGUGACAAGAGAAGGGAAACACUGGAUGACAUUAACCAAAGCACUCGCUACAAGGGGACUGCAGGUUGUUACAACUGCUCAGCUCAGCAGAAGCACUCACAGCAAAGCCUCCUCAGUCCUGUCCCAAAUCCUUCACUUACUGUCUCCACAUUAAAUAAAUCCUUGAACUUCCUGGCAGCUGGAUUUAUGACAGUUAAACCCUAAUAAAUCAGCCUCUCUUUAACAUAUUUCACUAUCUGUAACCAAGUCUUACUGGUGACCCAUUGACACACAGCAAGUCUAAUAAGGGACAGGAGUCUUACAGAUAGGGCAGCCUCAA